CCGCAACUUGAGAAGUGUGCUAAAAGUCGUUUAUUUCAUCUUUUAUUGUGCAGUAGACUGACUAUUUUUCAUCCAGUUGGUUAGAAGAGACUUUUUAAACACCUCCAGAACAACAGUGAGAGUUAUUUAAAGACUUUUAAGGACUUUCAAAGUUCACACUGGUUAUUUUUUCGAAAAAAAUCGGACCGUUAGCUAACCGUUAACCGUUAAACCGUUAGCUCUGCGACUCCUCCGGUGUCAUGGUAACUCAUGAGAGAGCACAAACUCGGGCUAGUUUCCACCCGUUUCCACCUGAGGGUCGGCUGGCAGGUGAGUUGUAUAUCUGGAGGAAUGCUGUUUCUCUCCUCCCAGCAGCUGUAGAAGCAACCCAGCAGCAGCAGAGGGAGCAGAGAGUCCGUCUCUUCAUCUCUCCUCCGUCCUGUCACAGCUCCUCACCGUCAGCCCGGGUCAUCACGUGAUGACUGACUCCUCCGGCUGAGUUGUUCCCAUCUCUCCACACAGUCAUGGCGGUGUCGGGGAGUCGCGAAGAUGGAGCUGCUGCUGCUGCUGAGCUUCCAACGAUGGCCGACCGCGGCGUCGAUCUGUCGGCUCUGCCUAAAGAGGUCAGGGACCAGCUGGCGGAGCUGGAUCUGGAGCUAUCUGAAGGUGAUAUUACACAGAAGGGCUAUGAGAAGAAAAAGACCAAACUUCUGGCUCCCUACUUCAUCCAUACUCCAGUGGAGCCGCCCCGUCAGAAUGACAGGCAGCCUCCUGCUCCCAGCUCCUCCUCCAGCCACGCCCAUCCCCCCUCCAGCUCGUCCCGUUACCGAGAACGACGCUCCCGCAGGUCCCAUCGCAGUGGAGGAACCAGGGAUGACCGCUACAGAUCAGAUAUCCAUACUGAGGCAGUACAAGCUGCCUUGGCUAAACACAAGGAGGAGAAGAUGGCGCUGCCCAUGCCAACGAAACGACGCUCCACUUAUGUACAGUCUCCCAUCGAAACACGCACACCACCAGACUCCUCAUCAGGUUCUGAAGAUGAGACGUCUGUGCGCAGGCAGUCAUCAGUGAUCGCUCCUCCGCCUGUGGUCCAUCCCAACCUGCAGAGCCCGGACGCUUGGAUCAACCGCACCGUCCAGGGCUCCUCCACCUCCUCCUCGGCCUCCUCCACCUUGUCCCACGGAGAGGCCAAGCCGCAGCCUCAGAGCCAGCCUAAGCCUCAGCCUCAGCCCCAGUACAAGCCGCAGUACCAGCCUCUGUAUCAGCCUCAUUACCAGCCGCAGCAGCAGCAGCAGCCUCAGCCUCAGCCUCAGCCUCAGCCUCAGCCUCAGCCUCAGCCUCAGCCUCAGCCUCAGCCUCAGCCCUCAGCCCACACUGCAGCCCACAAUGCAGCCCACGCUGCAGUGGCGGACAUGCUGGCUCACAGUCGCAUUGCCCACUCAGGGAACAGCGCCCCCCCUCCAGAUGUGACAGCUGUGGCCCCUCCAUCCAGAGGCCCGCAGGUCGACCGGCCCAACAACGCCGCGGUGCGAGGGAUGAGCCGCGGGCAGAGCCGCUCAAGCAUGAUGGAGACUGCGGACGCGAGAGGUAAUAUCCAGAGAGUUCCUGUGAACAGCCGAGUGUCCACUAAGAUCCAGCAGCUGCUCAACACCCUGAAGAGGCCCAAGAGGCCGCCGCUCAGCGAGUUCUUCACCGACGACUCAGAAGAGAUCGUAGAAGUGCCAGAGCCAGACCCCAACACACCUAAGCCGGAGGGCCGUCAGAUCAUCCCGGUGAAAGGGGAGCCUUUGGGAGUAGUCAGUAACUGGCCCCCAGCCCUGCAGGCAGCGUUGGCUCGUUGGGGAUCCACUCAGGGGAAGAGCCCCGCCCUCACUGCUCUCGACAUCACGGGAAAACCGCUCUAUACACUGACUUAUGGGAAGCUGUGGAGUCGCAGUGUGAAGCUGGCGUACACCCUCCUGAACAAGCUGGGCACCAAGAACGAGCAAAUCCUCAAACCUGGCGACAGGGUGGCGCUGGUGUACCCCAACAGUGACCCUGGUAUGUUCUGGGUGGCCUUCUACGGCUGCCUCCUAGCCGAAGUUAUACCCGUACCCAUUGAAGUACCGCUGUCUCGCAAAGAUGCAGGUAUCAGCCAGGUGGGGUUUCUGCUCGGUAGCUGUGGAGUUGGUCUGGCUCUGACCAGCGAGAUCUGUCUGAAGGGUUUACCCAAAACACCCACUGGGGAAAUAAUGCAGUUUAAAGGCUGGCCUCGACUAAAGUGGGUGGUGACAGAUUCAAAAUACCUGACCAAGCCUUCCAAAGACUGGCAGCCGCACAUCCCCACUGCCAACACUGACCCUGCAUAUAUAGAGUACAAGGCGAGUAAAGAUGGCACCGUGGUAGGUGUGGCUGUGUCCAAAGUAGCCAUGUUGACCCACUGCCAAGCACUGACCCAGGCCUGCAACUACUGCGAGGGGGAAACUUUAGUGAAUGUCCUGGACUUCAAGAAGGAUAUAGGCCUGUGGCAUGGAGUUCUCACGGCUGUGAUGAACAGGAUACACACUAUCAGUGUUCCCUAUGCAGUAAUGAAGGCUUGUCCUCUCUCCUGGGUACAGAGGGUCCACUUCCACAAAGCUCGUAUAGCUCUGGUGAAGUGCCGUGAUCUACACUGGGCCAUGAUGGCUCAUCGGGAACAAAGGGACACCAGUCUGGCUUCAUUACGCAUGCUGAUUGUUGCUGAUGGUGCUAACCCCUGGUCGGUGUCUUCCUGCGAUGCCUUCCUGAACGUGUUUCAGUCCCACGGGCUGAAACCUGAGGUCAUCUGUCCCUGUGCCACCUCCCCUGAGGCUAUGACAGUAGCUAUACGCAGACCGGGAGUACCGGGCACACCCCUCCCUGCCCGCGCCAUUCUUUCCAUGGGCGGCCUGAGCCACGGUGUCAUCAGGGUCAACACAGAGGACAAGAACUCCGCCCUGACUGUACAAGAUGUGGGGCACGUCAUGCCUGGAGCUCUGAUGUGCAUUGUUAGACCAGACGGGCCUCCUCAGUUGUGUAAAACAGAUGAGAUUGGUGAGAUAAUAAUCAACUCCCGCGCUGGAGGAAACAUGUACUACGGCCUGCCUGGAGUCACCAAGAACACUUUUGAGGUGAUACCAGUUAACGCUAAUGGAGUUCCCAUUGGAGAGAUUCCAUUUGUGCGGUCAGGACUCCUGGGGUUCGUCGGCCCAGGCAGUCUGAUCUUUGUGGUGGGGAAGAUCGAGGGUCUGCUGAUGGUGAGCGGGCGGAGACACAACGCUGACGACCUGGUGGCCACCGCUCUAGCCGUGGAGCCGGUCAAGACUGUGUACCGCGGGAGGAUCGCUGUGUUUUCAAUCACAGUGUUUUACGAUGAGAGGGUAGCGAUUGUGGCGGAGCAGAGGCCAGACGCCAGCGAAGAGGACAGCUUCCAGUGGAUGAGCCGAGUGCUUCAGGCUAUCGACAGCAUCCACCAGGUGGGCCUCUACUGUCUGGCUCUGGUCCCGGCCAACACCUUACCUAAAACACCCCUGGGUGGCAUCCACAUCUCUGACACCAAGCAGUUCUUCUUAGACGGCAACCUGCACCCCUGCAACAUCCUAAUGUGUCCCCACACGUGCGUCACCAACCUGCCCAAGCCCCGCCAGAAACAGCCCGUUGGCGUGGGUCCUGCGUCUGUGAUGGUCGGCAACCUGGUGGCAGGGAAGAGGAUCGCCCAGGCUACAGGCAGGGACCUCGGCAUGAUCGAAGAUCAGGAUCUUGUCCGGAAGCUCUGUAUGUGGCCCACCGUGAUGCAUCAGUAUUUGACAGAGGCUCUUCAGUGGAGGGCACAGACAGACGCAGACCACGUCCUCUUUGUUCUUCUUAAUGCCAAGGGUGUAGCGGUGAGCACGGCGACCUGCGUCCAGCUUCACAAGCGAGCGGAGAAGAUCGGCGCGGCGCUCACUGAGAAAGGCAGCAUCAACACUGGAGAGAACGUAGUGCUGCUUUAUCCUCCUGGCAUUGAUUUGAUAGCCGCUUUCUACGGCUGUCUCUACGCUGGAUGUGUUCCCGUAAACGUCAGGCCUCCGCACCCUCAGAACUUGGCGGCCACGCUGCCUACUGUCCGCAUGAUUAUUGAUGUCAGUAAAGCUGCAUGUAUCCUCACCACUCAAAGUCUCAUGAGGACUCUGCGCUCCAAAGAGGCUGCUGCUUCUGUAAACAUCAAAACGUGGCCAACGAUCAUUGACACAGAUGACCUUCCUCGCCGCCGGCCUCCACAGGUCUACAAGCCGCCCACGGCCGAGAUGAUUGCUUAUCUGGACUUCAGUGUGUCCACUACAGGCAUGCUCACUGGGGUCAAGGUCUCUCAUGCAGCUGUCAGUGCAAUUUGCCGCUCUAUAAAACUGCAGUGUGAACUGUACUCCUCUCGCCAAAUAGCCAUCUGCCUGGAUCCUUACUGUGGUCUGGGCUUCGUCUUGUGGUGCCUCGCAAGUGUUUACUCAGGUCACCAAUCCGUCCUGAUUCCUCCCUUCGAGCUGGAGACCUGCUUGUCUUUGUGGCUGAGCACGCUCAGUCAGUACCGCAUCAGAGACACCUUCUGCUCCUACUCCGUCAUGGAGCUCUGCACUAAAGGGCUGGGAACUCAGACUGAUUUACUCAAGGCUCGUGGUGUGAGCCUGUCGUGUGUGCGGAGCUGCGUGGUAAUAGCAGAGGAGCGCCCUCGACUCUCCCUCUCAAACUCCUUCUCCAAGCUGUUCAAGGACAUCGGGCUGUCGACCAGAGCUGUCAGCACCGCUUUUGGUUCCAGGGUUAACCUGGCCGUCUGCCUGCAGGGCACCACUGGACCGGAUCCCUGUACGGUUUAUGUGGACAUGAAGUCCCUCCGACAUGACAGAGUGAGGCUGGUGGAGAGAGGAGCACCUCAGAGUCUUCCUCUAAUGGAGUCUGGCAAGAUACUGCCAGGUGUUCGCGUGAUAAUCGUAAAUCCAGAGACCAGAGGUCCACUUGGUGAUUCUCAUCUAGGAGAGAUCUGGGUGAACAGCCCUCACAAUGCCAGCGGCUACUACACCAUCUACGGAGAGGAGAGUCUUCAGGCCAACCACUUCAACACCAAGCUCAGCUUUGGAGACCCGCAGACCUUAUGGGCCAGGACGGGAUACUUGGGUUUUGUGAAGAGGACUGAGCUUUUGGAGGCAAACGGGGAUCGGCAUGACGCUCUCUUUGUGGUGGGCGCACUGGAUGAGACCUUGGAGCUUAGAGGGCUGCGCUACCACCCGAUCGACAUUGAAACCUCAGUGUCCCGGGCUCACCGCAGUAUAGCUGAGAGUGCUGUGUUUACGUGGACCAACCUGCUGGUGGUGGUGUCAGAGCUUUGUGGUUCAGAGCAGGAUGCGCUGGACCUGGUGCCUCUGAUUACCAACGCGGUCCUGGAGGAGCACCACCUCAUCGUGGGCGUGGUGGUUAUCGUGGACCCCGGGGUUAUACCCAUCAACUCCAGGGGAGAGAAGCAACGCAUGCACCUCCGUGACUCUUUCCUCGCUGACCAGCUGGAUCCCAUCUACGUCGCUUACAACAUGUGAGAGGUUCGCGGUGGUCUGCCGUCAUCUACGGCUCUCGGCGCUCGGCUCCAGCUUUGGCAGAGGGUGAAAAGGAAAAGCAUGAACCACGUGUAUUGCCACCCAGCCCUGUGUGACACCAGCAUAUCUCGGCCACUGCAUGUCUGUGAUUGGACCUGCCAUGUUUGGAGUUCUUCACUGUGUUUUAUAGAUUUUGCAAAUGGGACAGAAGCAACAUGCACUGCAUACGGCAAAGAAAAAAAGCCCCCUGUUGCACUUUUUUAGGGAAAGGGCGAAACAACACAUACAACAGGACCACUUUUGAAAUUAAUUAUAUAUUAAUGUCUUUGUGAAAAUCCAUCGUCUUAUUCCGUACCCACCACAAACCUCGUAAAACACUUUCCCUUCUGUGUCUACGCACAUUCAAGAGCUAUUUAACAACAACUUGAAAUAUAUUUUACAUGCAGCUUUCAAACAAACGCGUGGGCUGAGCCCUCGUCAUUUCUCACUAACAUGGAUGAAUAAAAGAGGGCAGAUGAAAACAAACCAUUAAACAAGUAGCCAGAAAGCUUAUUUUGUCCCAUGAUAAUGAAGCCAAAUACAUUUUCACAAUUUUCCUGCCCUAAUAUAUUUCCUGCCUUAUAAAACUCCAGCCAUACAUUCCUUUAUUAAUUUUUAACGAACCUGUUAAUAAUGGCUGCUUAUUCUCCAUUGGUUUUGACUAGUAGUGGAAAUCCUGACAGACAUCCAAAGGGAUCAAAAUAAAGAGGAAAGAGGCCAUAUUCUGUACUGUACCUAUAAAGGCCUGUUGUAUUUUAGAUACUGUACGUUACUGUAUAGAUAUUUUUAAUUGUAUAAAUGUAUAAAAGCUUGACUCGUCUCUCUCAGUUGAUGGUUUAUGGAUGGUAUACCCAGCUGAGGGAUGUUAAUUGUAGCAGAGAGAGGAUUGUAAAUAAGAUUUACCAGUUUUGACUUUUGAAAUGGAAUAUUAGUUGUAUAAUGGAGGGUAAAGAUAAUUAACUUUAAAGCAUUGUUAGUCAGGAUAGAUAAAACAUUGCACUUUCUCAAAAAAUGUCUAUUUUAUUAUAACAAUGAGGCAUUAUAACGACAUAUAUUAUUCUGAGGAUUCUUGCUUGAGGAGCUUUGAGAGUUUACCGGGAGGGCUAUCACUGUUAAUGCCAGGGAACUUUCCUGUCAGCCAUUGAGAAAAAAAAUAAAUUGGUUAAAAACCAAUAUCAUGACAAUUUUCAGGCUACUGGGUUAUUUUGUAAAAACGUAAAAAAAAACAAAAUAAGCCCAAAACUGUUCAUCUAAUAUCCAUGCCAUCGUACUCUCAGUUUUGUAUUGCAUAAUAGAGCAAAGUAUCUGAGAGUUUCCUUUUCCUCUUCACACUCAAAGUUCAUUCAAACUGUGUUUUGUCUUUGUGCAACUUUGUAAAGACUUACUUUGAAUUCCAACAGGACUCUUCUUUCAGUCUGUAGUCGAUAGAGGCAAGUCAUCAUGUAUCUGGAUUAUUUUCUGUGUUCAAGUCACUGGAUUUAAAAGCACUUGUGAAUGCAGUUGCAAAGCUGAGCCACAACUGAAACAUCCUUGAUUGGCAAGUAAAGUAAUUGUAUGAAAAAGGGUAAAAAAAGAAAUAUAUAUAUAUAUAUUUGCAUCAAGAUGUAUUUGCAAAAUGUAUUUGUUUUCCUGUAAUCUCAUGCUUUCCUUGUGCUCCUUGCCAUAAUUUAUAGGUCCUUUGUACUGGAUUAUACUGUAUUUCAGUGAUGACCACUUAAUGUCAACAUGUAAAUAGCUUUUUUUGUUAUUUUUGGACUUUUGCAAUUGUCCCAUUAUAACAUUCAAUCAUGCCAAACACAAUAUUGGAAAGAUGUUUAAUCAUUUAAACAGGAAUAUGAUCCGUUGAAUUACUGCACUUUGCACUGGUGGUACUUACAGUAGGUGUCUACUGUGUGGACUAACUAUACCCAUUUCAUGUUACAUUAAAUGUGUUACUAAUUUUAGAUAUAUAAUGCUUGACAUUUGCUUUUGCCCAGUUUUAUGUCGUCCACCAAGAGUAAAAAACUAAUAGCACUUCAUGUUAGCUUUAACAUUGCAUCCUUCGUUUGCAGCAGAAUGUUUGCAUGAGUCAGCCAAGCACAAGAAGAAAUCAGCUUCUCAUCUCGAGGCACAAGUGGAGGAGAUAUAUGUGUAUAAAAUUGUUUAUUCAGGGAACAAAACUCACAACACAGGGAUGGACCAGGUGGUCCCUUGGUGCAAUCUGUGAAUAAUACCCAUAAAAUGUAGAUGUUUGUCAAAACAAAUCUUGUAAUUAAGGCAAACCUAAUGAGCAAAAAGAGGGGUUACUGACGACCAGUGUCCAUCUACCAUCUACCUGCUUCGCUGGGAAGUCUACAAGGGCUUCCUGUGGUUUCCACUCUUUUUCUCUCCGUCAGAUUUCCUACACACUAUGCAAUCCUAACGACCGUGCAAUUUAAUUUCAAAGCUUGCACAGUCUGGUGAAAUAAACAUGAUGCUUAAACAUUUUUUAAUAACUAAGAACAGAGGACUGAUGAAAUCUAACCAGUAGUGUACUGUAUUAAUCUCUCUUGAGUUGUUCUAUCAAUAUUUUUUGUGUAUGCACUCUUGGUAUGUUGUAUAUUAAUUAUUUGGUGAAUUCUUAAAACUGCUCCAUGAGGGUGUGAUCCACUGAUGAGUCUUUAAUGUUAGGGAGGUGUUUUAACUCGUAUAGUUGAGAAAUCAAGGUGGUACACCCCUUCCCAUUUUUCUCACUUAUUUUCUAUUUUUGGUUUGUUGUACUUUGUUUUAUACUUUAUGUAAAAGUAAUACAAAAUAAACUAAAGCAUUUAAUCAUUU